UGUUUAGCUAGCUAACCCAGCGCGUGACAGGAGUAGGAAUGUAGGAUGCCUCUUUCUGCUUUUGUUGUCACCGUCCACGGCCAGCCGGCAGCAGGUGCGAGCACGACACGACCAAGAAGCUAGUCGGCGCAGAUCCACGGCUCGGCACUUAAGUAGGGGACGCUGUUACGUGCCACAAGUGGUAACAAGAGGCAGGAGAGAUUUAGCCUCCACGAAUCUGCCAGCGCGCCAGAGGAGGGGGGGCAUGGCGACGGCGGUUGGACGCGAGGAGGGGGAGCCGGAGCCGGCGGCGGCGUCGUGGAGGCUGCGCAUGGGCAGCAGCGACGCCAUGCGCGUCCCGGAGCAGCCGCCCUUCUUCGCCAGGCUCUUCGGCGCCGCCUGCCCGUCCCACGGUGCCGGGAAACAAAGGAAAAUCGCAAAGUACUACGAGAAGCAGGAGAGUCUUCUCAAGGAUUUCAGCGAGAUGGAGAGCAUGAAUGAGCUCGGUUUCUUGGAUCAGAACAGUGCUCCUACCGAGGAAGAGCUGCGGCAAUUGGCCAAGGGCGAAAAGCUGGCGAUCAACCUGUCCAACAUCAUCAACCUGGUGCUGUUCGUCGGGAAAGUCGUCGCUUCCGUCGAGACCCAGUCGAUGGCAGUGAUCGCGUCGACGCUGGACUCGCUGCUGGAUCUCCUCUCAGGGUUCAUCCUCUGGUUCACGGCGCACGCCAUGAAGAAGCCCAACAAGUACAGCUACCCGAUCGGCAAGAGGCGCAUGCAGCCAGUGGGGAUCGUGGUGUUCGCGUCGGUGAUGGGGUGCCUGGGGUUCCAGGUGCUGAUCGAGUCGGGGCGGGAGCUGGUGACGCAGGAGCACACCACGUUCGACACCUGGAAGGAGAUGUGGAUGGUGGGCAGCAUGUCGUCCGUGGCCGUCGUCAAGUUCUUCCUCAUGCUCUACUGCCGGACCUUCAAGAACGAGAUCGUCCGGGCCUACGCGCAGGACCACUUCUUCGACGUCAUCACCAACUCCGUCGGCCUCGUCAGCGCGCUGCUCGCCGUCAAGUACAAAUGGUGGAUGGACCCCGUCGGAGCCAUACUGAUCGCGCUGUACACGAUCACCACGUGGGCGCGGACGGUGCUGGAGAACGUGGGCACGCUGAUCGGGAGGUCGGCGCCGGCCGAGUACCUCACCAAGCUCACCUACCUCAUCUGGAACCACCAUGAGGAGAUCCGGCACAUCGACACGGUGAGGGCAUACACCUUCGGGACGCACUACUUCGUGGAGGUGGACGUGGUGCUCCCCGGCGACAUGCCGCUCAGCCAGGCGCACGACAUCGGGGAGGCGCUGCAGGAGAAGCUGGAGCAGCUGCCCGAGGUGGAGCGUGCCUUCGUGCACGUCGACUUCGAGUUCACCCACCGCCCAGAGCACAAGGCCGACGUCUGAUCUCUCUCAUCAUGCUCUUCUCCUGAAAUAUGCAUGGUAUUGAGAAUGUAUGUGUGUGCAUGCCCUGUUUUUUGCCAUGCCUUUCACUUGAAUCUCCUGGUAGGCAGUUGUAUAACGGCUGUGACCUUAAAGGUCAUGUCGCGUCUUAAAUUAUCACUCCCAAGCCGAGGUAUAGGUAUUGCCCAAAGUGUACUCUUUGGUUAUCGCUUCAUAGGGUUUCGAACAUAAUCGUCGGUAUCUCUCCUUGCAUGCUUUCUCUUCUCUCGAGUCAAUAGAAAGACAACGUGUGAUCUCUCUUUGAAUUCUCAA